GUCUUUUUGCCAGAGAGGAGAGAAAUAGAACUCCACGCCGGCGGCUGUUCUUUACUUCUUCUUGCUAGAGAGAGAGAGAUGGGGAAGAAAUCUAAGAGCUCGAGGAAGGGAAAGAAGGCAUGGAGGGCGAACAUAAGCACGGAGGAUAUAGAGGAUUACUUUGAUAAAUCUACUAAAGAUGCUCUCUCCGGUGGUUCCCUAACCAACGUUCCUAGCGAAUCCUUGUUCUUCGUCGACAACACAACUGAUACAUCCAUCAAGAGGAAGACUGAAAAAAACCGUGAAAAGGUACUGCACUGUGAUAGCUUGCUGCAAAGGAAUGCAUUCAUUAAACCAGUGCCAUCUUCACAAAAGAAAUCCAAGGAAAAAAGAAAAAAGGACGAUAAAAAAGAAGAUAAAGUUCAUGGUUCUUCAAAGGAUAAUGAUACUUUGGACUCAGGCAUGGUUGACCUAUGGGCUGACGAAGGUGAAAAUGUAGGCAGACCUAAAAAGAAAGUCAAGCCUUCAUUAAUUCCUGCUGUAGAGGUGGAGCCAUCUGGUUGCUCAUUUAAUCCAUCUACCGAGAGCCAUCAGGAAUCAUUAGCUCGUGCUGUUGCAGAUGAAAUGCAGAAAAUUUAUAGAAGGGAGUUGAGACCCGAAGAAGUCCCAUUAACUGUUAUUGGAGAAGUUGUUGAAGAAGAAGAUAAAUACUUUCUCGAUGCUGAUGAGAAUGAGGAUGGUGAUGAUGAUCUAAAUGUUGAGACCAUGGAAAAUGAAGAUACUCAGAUUGAGAAGAGGCUCCCAACCAAAAGAGUAACAAGAGUCGAGUUUAAUAGGAGAACUAGACGCAAGGAACAGUUAAAAUCAAAAGCGGAAGUCAAGAAAGUUGAAGAUCUUUCAAAGGAAAUUGACAGCUUGCCAAAGAUUGUUCAGGAAAUAGCCAAAGAAGAUGAGGAGAAGCAUAAUAGAAAAUUGCGCCGUAAUGUUGCAAAACAAGAAAGACUUAAAUCUCGUCCAGCAAGACUCGGAAGGCACAAAUUUGAUCCUGCUCCUCUACAAGUUCUAUUAUCUGAAGAAAUAUCAGGUUCCCUAAGAAAGUUGAAGGCAUGCUGCACCCUAGCAAAGGAUCGGUACAAGAGCUUAGAAAAAAGAGGGUUGAUCGUUCCAACUGUCCACAGCAGCAGGAAGUAGAAAACCGAUGGCACUGUUGCUUUUAGUUGGCGAAUAUGAAAAGAACAUUGACGGGCUGAUCUGGAUAAGGUAAUAUAUAUGUAGGUCUGAUCAUGUAAAACAUAAUUGGUGAGUUACUACAAUCUAUCUUUAGGCUCUUUUCUUUGGUUUGAACUUUUAUAGUUGCCUCCUUUUUUUGUAUGCCAACAACAAACUGACUGUUGUAUUUCUGGUAUUGGUUUUGUUUGGAACGCAAAUCAUAUUUGAAUUUUUCGGUACU